AUGUCACACAAGUCAUUUGGCGGCUCAUCCGUCUACUCGGAUGACACCAGCUCGUCAACAUGGACAACUACAUAUGCCAGAGUCCCCAAGAAGCAGCCCAUGGCUAUCCGUUUUCUGUCUUGGGUUGCCGGUGCACCUCCAGGUGUCACUGCCGUCAAGAAGAGAACCAGAGACUUUGACGAUGACCGCUCUGUCCGGUCUGGCGGUUCAUCCUUUUCUUACUGGAACGAACCAGAAACACAGCUCUUCUGGGUUGCCCGACCUCACGGGUACUACUACUACGACGGUAGUACUAGCAGCAACAGCAGCGGCAGUAGUAGCGGCAGCAGCCGUAGCAAGAAGAGCGGACGCAGUCGCAAGAGUGGUGGAGGCUCUCGUAAGCACUUUGACGGAGCCGUUCCCCGCCCUCCAGUACAACCCAUGGGGAUGCCAAUGCCGAUGCCGAUGCCGAUGAACGGCGGCCCACCUCCGCCUCCGCCUCCGAUGGGCCCACCUAUGGACGGAGGAUUCGACCCCGGAUUCAACGGAGGUUAUGAUGAUGGUGUUUACGAUCAAGGACAAGGCCACGAUGGUGGCUACGGAGGUGGUUACUCCCCUGCACAGAUGAAUGGCCCUGCUCCUCCUAUGCCACCACCUCCCAUGAACGCUCAAAUGCCUGAAGCAGGAGCACCUUUCAUCAACGUGACUGGUCAAAAUCAACCAGGUAAUCCUUUCCAGGGCGGAAGUGGUCCCAGGUCAGAGAGUGAAUGGAGUUCCGACUGGAGUGAUCAAGAAAUGUAA